ACUGCAUAACAACAUUAAUUACACACUUUGGUUCAGUUUUUCAAACAUGGGAACCUCUGGCCAAAAAUCUGCAUCACCUCUCUCAGAUCUGAAGGUGACAAUCCACGAAACUUCAACCAUUUUUCCAUCCAAACAAACGGAGAAGAAGUGCUUGUUCCUAUCAAACAUCGACAAGGUAGUAAACUUUGACGUGGAGACGCUUCACUUCUUCGCAGCAAACAAAGCUUUUUCACUCCAAAAGGUGGCUGAGAAGUUGAAGAAGGCCCUGGAGGAUGUUCUUGUUCACUAUUCCUUCUUAGCCGGAAGGUUGAGACAGAAUGCUGAAACCAAAAGAUUAGAGAUAGAUUGCAACGCAAAAGGUGCUGCGUUUGUGGUGGCUUCAUGUAAGCACAAGUUAAGUGAGCUUGGAGACUUGGCUUAUCCCAAUCCAGCUUUUGCAAAAUUGGUUCACAAGAGUAAGGAUAAGGAUCUUCCACUCGCUGUGCAGCUAACAUCCUUUGACUGUGGUGGCUUCGCAAUGGGCUUCACAACAAGCCACGCAGCCUUUGACGGACUUAGCUUCAAAACCUUCUUGGACAACCUUGCUGCACUGGCUGCUAAUAAGCCCAUGCCUGUGAUGCCCUGCCACGACAGGCACCUCCUGGCCGCACGAUCCCCGCCACGUGUAACCUUCGCGCACCCCGAGUUGGCCGAGCUCGAUUACUCACCCAUAGCAUCCACUGAGUCCAAUGUCUUUGAUGCUUCCAAAGGUCCUAAGUCCAAUUUCUUUGAUGUUUCCAAAGGUCCUGAGUCCAACGUCUUUGAUGCUUCCAAAGGUACUGAGUCCAAUGUCUUUGAUGCUUCCAAAGGUACUAAGUCCAACGUCUUUGAUGCUUCCAAAGGUACUAAGUCCAACGUCUUUGAUGUUUCCAAAGGUACUGGGUCCAACGUCUUUGAUGAUUCCAAAGGUACUGAGUCCAACGUCUUUGAUGCUUCCAAAGGUACUAAGUCCAACGUCUUUGAUGUUUCCAAAGGUCCUGAGUCCAACGUCUUUGAUGCUUCCAAAGGUACUGAGUCCAACGUCUUUGAUGCUUCCAAAGGUACUAAGUCUAACGUCUUAGAUGUUUCCAAAGGUCCUGAGUCCAACGUCUUUGAUGCUUCCAAAGGUACUAAGUCCAACGUCUUAGAUGUUUCCAAAGGUCCUGAGUCCAACGUCUUUGAUGCUUCCAAAGGUACUGAGUCCAACGUCUUUGAUGCUUCCAAAGGUACCGAGUCCAAUGUCUUUGAUGCUUCCAAAGGUACUAAGUCCAACGUCUUUGAUGAUUCCAAAGAAAAAUUGGACUUUAGGGUUUUCAAACUAACCCCCGAAGACAUUGUGAGCCUUAAGGAGAAAGCAAAGGGAAGCACCAACGACAGCAACACCGGGUUUAACGCUAUCACCGCCCAUAUAUGGCGGUGCAAGGCCUUAUCAGCACCGUAUGACCCAACGAGAUCAUCGACCGUACUAUUCCCCGUGGACAUACGCUCCAAAUUGAACCCUCCGUUGCCGGAAGGCUUUGCAGGAAAUGCUGUGUUAACGGCGUUUGCCACGGCGAAGUACGAGGAGUUGGAGAAGGGUGAGUUUUCAAGGUUAGUGGAGAUGGUGAAGGAGGGUGCAGAGAGAAUGAAUGAUGAGUAUGUGAGGUCUGUUAUAGACCGUGGAGAGCUGUGUGAUGGGUUUCCACGUGGGGAUGUUUUGGUGUCUUCGUGGCAAAGAUUAGGGUUUGAAAAGGUGGAGUAUCCGUGGGGGAAGCCCAAAUAUUGUUGCCCUGUGGUGCAUCAACGAAAGGAAAUUAUUCAUUUGUUUCCUCCCUUUGUCGCAGGCGGUGAUGAUGGGAUCAACCUUAUAGUGGCUCUUCCUCCCAAGAAAUUGGAAAAAUUCGAGAACCUCUUUCACACGUUCUUGCGUUCAGUUUGAUCCAUGUUUUCUUCAUAUGGUCAUCAACAUGUUUAAUUUUAUAUAUAUAUAUAUAUAUAUAUAUAUAUAUAUAUAUAUAUAUAUAUAUAUAUAUAUAUGUAUAUGUGUGGUGUAAUAAGUGGUGACCGAAAUAUUCCAAUAUAUGGAUACUUUAAUUGUAAGUGGUGAUUUUCAGGUGAUAUGGUGUUUGUUCGAUCAUUUCUUUGUUUCAUAAGAAUAGAUCGAAUUUCACUUGCAACUUGGGUCCCAUGUUAAUUCCAUGUACUUUAAAUAUACAAAAUAAAAGGGUUUUCUUCUUCA